AUGGCACCGGCCGACGCAUCAUGCUCCGAGGUAGCGUCAUGCCAUCGGUUUCAAUCGCCCAAGCAGCCGCAUCCAAAUGAUGUCAAAAAGCGCGAAAAAAAACUGCUUGUGACAACAAGAAAUCCCCUCUCUCUCUCUCUCUCUCUCUCUCUCUCUCUCUCUCUCUCUUUUCUCUCUCUCUCUCUCUCUCUCUCUCUCUCUCUUUUCUCUCUCUCUCUCUCUCUCUCUUUUCUCUCUCUUGCUGCAAAUUGGCACCUCACAGGCGGCAAAUUUAAUGACGAAAAGCCUGGACUAAAAUUGAAACACGACGCACGUGGCAUUCUCUCCAUGGCCAAUAGCGGCAAAAACAGCAACACCAGCCAGUUCUUUAUCACCCUCGGUCCCCAGCCCAAAUUGGAUGGAAAGCAUGUGCCCUUUGGCCGUGUGGUCGCGGGAUUAGACGUUCUCGAUAAGAUUGAGGCCACCGCCGCCCCGACGGAUGGGCCCCCUCUCCAUCCCAUUCGCAUCUCUGCCUGCGGCGCCUGCUAA